AUGAAACAAUUUGAAGGUAUAUUUCUCGGCAUUCCUGAACUUGAAGUACCUUCGAUUGAGCCUCUUAGUCUCGGUCAAAUAGCCCUCGCGCGCGGACCACAGGGCGCUAAACUUACGGCUGUGGUCAACGAUGUGAAAGUCAGGGGACCAAGCAAUUUUAUUAUACAAGAGUUAAAGUCAGACCUCGACAAGAAUAGAUUUGAUUUCAAACUGCUUCUUCCAAAACUUGACUUUGCUGGAAAAUACAAAAUGGACAUACAAGUCUUGUUAUUGAGACUUCAAGGAAGAGGAAACAUUACAGGGUCAUUCAAGGACUACGCUUGUAAUGUAACAAUGCGCGGCCACAAAGACAAGCGCGGUGACAAUGAAUAUCUGACCUUCGAGCCUAUGAAGGUCAAACUUCGCGUGGGAGAAUCCUCCAUCUACCUGACCAAUCUGUUCGAUGGCGAUCCAGUCCUCGGACCAGCCACCAACAGGGUCAUCAACGAAAACUCACAAGUCUUCCUCUCAGAAAUAAGUCCAGUGCUAGAAAGGUCACUCGCCGACCUCUUUACGGAAAUGGCAAAUAAGAUUACAUCAAAAUUUACUUACCAAGAACUUUUCCCUUGA